AUGGCAGAUAGAGGCGUGGCGAACGGUGCAGAGGAGUGGAAUAGCAGGUUGGAUGGGCGCAGCGACGGACCGUUUGGAAGAGCACCGGAGGGAGAAACGGGAAAGGGGAGAGGAGCGGGAGGAGGAGCAGGAGAAGGGGGAGUGGAGAGCAACGACCUUCUUGAACCAUUGAAAGAGCUGCUGACGUCCAUCCCCUGGGGGGUGCCGCUCGUGCUGGUUCUCCUGCCGCUGCUCUUCGACCGCCCCUUGCUCUUCCUCUCCCUCGCGGCGCUUGUGGUUCUCACUCCCACCCUCCGAAACACGCUCGGCCCGCCGUUCCUGGAGCUAGGCUCGGCACUCCUGGAGCUCUCGGUUCGGCCAAUCGUGAACGAGAAGGAGUUGCAGGGUUUGGGCAUUGGGAGUGGCCCAAUGCUUGGUUCGGGGGCUGCAUCGGAGGCAUGGGAGUGGGUUCGGUACCAGCUGGACGUGAUCCGAGGGGAGAUUGACCCUGGCAGUCCCGAGAGAGUGGGGAAGGAGAGCAGGGAAGGUGGUGGUGGGGGUAGGGGAUUCAGUAGCACGGAGGAGAACUGGAGAGACAGAGAGCAGUGGCCAUUGCAGCAGCAGCAGCAGCAGCAGCAGCAAUGGCAGGAAUGGGAAAGGCAGGGAGGAUCUGAACCAGAGGGCAGAGGUUACAGAAGGAGUGGGAGCUGGCAAGGAUCAGGCGAUGGGGACUGGCAGGAUGAGGGGAGAUGGCAGCAGAGCGAUGUCAGGCAGUGGGCUAGGGGUGAGGCUGUGGUGGGGGAAGAGGGUCAGUACGGGAGGGUGGAGGAGAAGCAAGAGUGGGAGAGGGGGGUGCGAAGGGGUGAUGGUACAGAGAGGGAGACGAGGUGGGAGGCGGGUUGGAGUGGUAAUGAGGAAGCACCUGGAAAGCGAUGGAGUGAGGAUGGGGGUGGUAACGGCACGGGUGUGACAAAGAGGGAGAGGGGGAGAGAUUGGAAUGGGUGGGGAGAAGAUGAUAAGCCUAGAUCUCGCUCCUGCGUGCUUCUGCGCGAGUCAGCGAUCCGCACAGCCAUGCUUUCCGCUUUGCGACUUCCCGUCGCGCACGUCGCAUCCGUCGCAUCGGUCGCGUCUUCAGCCGUUGAUUCGUCAAAUUCCCGCCUCAGAUCAGCGUCCUUCGCGCCUCUCCGCGUCCCUUUCCCCAUUUCCCGCUUGCCGUCUCGAUCUUUCCGCGCGGAUCGGCAGUCUGUCCGCGCGAUGGCGACAGAUCCAGCAUCGACCCCCGCCGCUGCGAAGACCAGCGAAAUCCUCCCUGGCGAGCCGUUACAAGAGGGUUACGAAAGGAUGGAUCCGUAUUCGCUGAUCCCGGCGCGACGGUGCGGCGUGCUGGUGCAUCCCACGUCGCUGCCCGGCCCGCACGGCACGGGCGACCUCGGUCCCGGCGCGUUCAGGUUCCUGGACUGGCUCGAAUCGACGGGAUGCACAAUUUGGCAGGUGCUGCCGCUGGUGCCACCUGGAAGGAAGUCAGGCGAAGACGGCAGUCCCUAUGCUGGCCAGGUACGGCAGUCCCUAUGCUGCCCAGGUAUGGCAGUCCCUAUGCUGGUCAGCUUUUCCUCUCUCUUCUCAACUCCUCUCUCCCCAUUCCUCACGCCCCAGUCCACCAGGACGCCAACUGCGGCAACUCUCUGCUGCUCUCCCUCUGACCUGCCCGUGGAGGACGCCAACUGCGGCAACACGCUGCUGCUCUCCCUCGACCUGCUCGUGCAAGAUGGCCUCCUCAAGCCUGAGGACCUCCCUCCCACGCGUCCGCGAUAUGACCACUUCCUCCCACGUGGUAUGCUCCCUCCCUCCCACGUGGUAUGCUCCCUCCCUUCCACGCCCUAUGCUCCCUCCCUCCCACGUGGUAUGCUCCCUCCCUUCCACGCCCUAUGCUCCCUCCCUCCCACGUGGUAUGCUCCCUCCCUUCCACGCCCUAUGCUCCCUCCCUUCCACGUGGUAUGUUCCCUCCCUACGACGCCCUAUGCUCCCUCCCUCCCACGUGGUAUGUUCCCUCCCUACGACGCCCUAUGCUCCCUCCCUUCCUACCGAAUUCCAUCUUGUUUUCUUCUCCAUCUCUUCCCCCCAACUCCCAUUUCCCCCGGUUCCCACCCCGUAUCCCUCCCCAACAGCCCGGUAGAGAGAGUGGACUAUAAGCAAGUGAUCAGGGACAAGGACCCUGCUGUUGCCAAGGCAGCCAAGGCACUGGUGAGGAGCAAGGGAGAGCUCAAGGCGGAGUUUGACGCCUUCAGGCAAUCCCCCACCAUCUCCGGUUCGUCCCUAUCGAGCUCUCUCGUCCCUAUCAAGCUCUCCAUUCAUUUUCGCCCCUCCAUAGUUCGCCCCUCUCAAGCUGUCCAUCAGUUGGGUCCCCUUCUGGUCCGGCCCUCUACCUCUCCACUCCCUGCCACCGUUCCAUCAUGGUUGGAGGAAGCAGCUCUGUUCAGUGCUAUCGACGAAGAGCAGGGCGUGGAGUUCUGGUGGCUGUGGCCCAAGGAGCUCAAAGACAGAGAGCCCAACGCCUUGGCUGCUGCAAGGGAGAGACACCAGGAAUACAUUGACGAGUUUGCGGCGCAGCAGUUUCUAUUCCAGAGGCAGUGGCAGGCGCUGCACCGGUAUGCCAACAGCAAGGGCAUCAGCAUCAUGGGGGACAUGCCCAUCUACGUGGGGGGGCACAGCGCUGACGUGUGGGCGAACCCAGAGCAAUUCAUGCUGGUAGGCCCUCAAGGGCAGGGCAGGAGCAUUAUGGGCGAUAUGCCUAUCUACGAGGGCGGCCACAGCGCUGACGCGUGGGCGAACCCGGAGCAAUUCAUGCUGGUAGGGUGUGCUGUGUGUGCUGGUAUGGUGUUUAUGCCGUCAGUGCUGGCAGGCGGUUUGCAUGUGCUUGUGAUGCUCUUUCAUGCGGAGAGAACGUCACCUCACCAACUCUACCCCAUCCUGACCUCCCUUCCUCACCAUCCAGCAUUCUUCCUCCCUUCCCCUUGCCUCAUUGAUCACCCUUCUCUCGCCACCACGCCUUCUCUCGCCACCACGCCUUCUCUCGCCACCACGCCUUCUCUCGCCACCACGCCUUCUCUCGCCACCACGCCUUCUCUCGCCACCACGCCUUCUCUCGCCACCACGCCUUCUCUCGCCACCACGCCUUCUCUCGCCACCACGCCUUCUCUCGCCACCACGCCUUCUCUCGCCACCACGCCUUCUCUCGCCACCACGCCUUCUCUCGCCACCACGCCUUCUCUCGCCACCACGCCUUCUCUCGCCACCACGCCUUCUGUCGCCACCACGCCUUCUGUCGCCACCACGCCUUCUCUCGCCACCACGCCUUCUCUCGCCACCACGCCUUCUCUCGCCACCACGCCUUCUCUCGCCACCACGCCUUCUCUCGCCACCGCGCCUUCUCUCGCCACCGCGCCUUCUCUCGCCACCGCGCCUUCUCUCGCCACCGCGCCUUCUCUCGCCACCGCGCCUUCUCUCGCCACCGCGCCUUCUCUCGCCACCGCGCCUUCUCUCGCCACCGCGCCUUCUCUCGCCACCGCGCCUUCUCUCGCCACCGCGCCUUCUCUCGCCACCGCGCCUUCUCUCGCCACCGCGCCUUCUCUCGCCACCACGCCUUCUCUCGCCACCACGCCUUCUCUCGCCACCACGCCUUCUCUCGCCACCACGCCUUCUCUCGCCACCACGCCUUCUCUCGCCACCACGCCUUCUCUCGCCACCACGCCUUCUCUCGCCACCACGCCUUCUCUCGCCAUCACGCCUUCUCUCGCCACCACGCCUUCUCUCGCCACCACGCCUUCUCUCGCCACCACGCCUUCUCUCGCCACCACGCCUUCUCUCGCCACCACGCCUUCUCUCGCCACCACGCCUUCUCUCGCCACCACGCCUUCUCUCGCCACCGCGCCUUCUCUCGCCACCGCGCCUUCUCUCGCCACCACGCCUUCUCUCGCCACCACGCCUUCUCUCGCCACCAGGAUCCCGAGACCCCGCCACGGGGCGGUUGUGGGGCAGGUGAGGGACGGUUGUGGGGCAGGUGAGGGACGGUUGUGGGGCAGCCCGCUGUACAACUGGCCGGCCAUGGCCAAGGAUGGCUACUCGUGGUGGGCGAAGCGCAUGCGCAGGGCGUUUGACCUGUACGAUGAGUUCCGCAUUGACCACUUCCGGGGCCUUGCGGGCUACUGGAGCAUCCCUGCCGACUCUGAGACCGCCAUGAACGGCCGCUGGAUGUGCCUACAUGGGGCGGCAAGCCCUUGUCCUCUCUGUUUCGCCUGGCAUGCACUCAGACUGUAUGCAGUCCCUCCCUUCCUCUUCAUGGGGCCGCGCAAGGAGUUCUUUGAGGCGAUCCAGAAGGCCGUGGACAAGCCCAUUGACAUCGUGGCAGAGGAUUUGGCAGUGGACAAGCCCGUUGACAUCGUGGCAGAGGAUUUGGGUGUGAUUACGGUGGACGUGGUUGAUCUGCGCCGUGAAAUCGGCGCUCCUGGCAUGGCGGUGCUACAGUUCGCGUUUGGCAGUGACGCCAAGAACCCUCACCUGCCGCACAACCACGAGCAGAACCAAGUGGUGUAUCCUGGCACUCACGACAACGACACGGUCGUUGGUUGGUGGGAGCGAAUUCCCGAGUGGGAGAAAAACAACGUGCGCGUGCUGCUGGGCCUGUCGCCCCAGGACGAGGACGAGAUCCAGUGGGCGAUCAUCCGGGCGGCGGUGUCGUCUGUAGCGCGCACCACCGUGAUUGCACUGCAGGACGUGAUGGGACUGGACAACAACGCGCGCAUGAAUGUGCCAGCCGUGCAGGACGUGAUGGGACUCGACAACAACGCGCGCAUGAAUGUGCCAGCCGUGCAGGACGUGAUGGGACUGGACAACAACGCGCGCAUGAAUGUGCCAGCCGUGCAGGACGUGAUGGGACUGGACAACAACGCGCGCAUGAAUGUGCCAGCCGUGCAGGACGUGAUGGGACUGGACAACAACGCGCGCAUGAAUGUGCCAGCCGUGCAGGACGUGAUGGGACUGGACAACAACGCGCGCAUGAACGUGCCGGCCGUGCAGGCGGGCCAGUGGGGGUGGAGAGCGGGGGAGGAGGGGCUGUUUGAGAGGCUUGGGGAGGAAGCGAGCAGGCUGAGAGCGAUGCUGGAGGGAUUCAACCGGGCAGCGCCUAACAGGGGAGCUCCUGCAGGGGUGGUGGAAGAGGAUGGGGCAGGCGGGGAGGCCGAAGAGGCAGGUGGGGUAGAGGAAGAUGCAGGGGGGCUGUAA